UUGAUGAAGUCCGAAGCAAUCGAAGAAGAGGACACGACUGCUGAUCCUGCAGUUUGUGAACAUUGAUGCUGAUGCAACUAUAGAUCACAAUAUAUUCCAUUCGUGUAAUCCAGUGCAUUGCCAGCUUCAUUAUUUCCCUUUCACUUUCUUAGUUUCUAUUUUUUUGUUAUAUUGUGGCAUUUUAAUUAGUAUUCGUGUGCCGACACGCCGUAGUAUACACAGUGGUUUAGAUUUUUUUUUCAGUGAUUCAGUUUCAUUUCUUUGUUUAAUUACAAAGAUACAUUAUACAUGUGUAUAUGCGCGCGUGCGCUAGUGUGAAAAGAAAAGAAAAGGUCGAUGACAAUGCAACGAGUCCAAGAUCAAGACAAUGGAAUCAACAUCAAAUUCGGUGCAAACAAAAACAAGAAAGGAAACUAUAGACUCGUAUCGCAGCACUCCGAGAAUGAAAAAAAAAAUAAUUUCAAUGGGACCAAUAAACAAGUUAAAUGUAUAACUGUUGAAGAAGAUUUAGUCCCACCAGAUGGAGGAUGGGGAUGGCUAAUACUGUUAGCAUCUGUUAUGGUGAAUCUACUUAUUCCUGGAACAGUGAAAUCUUUUGGAGUUUUAUUUGUUGAAUUUCUUGAAGUUUUUGAUGCAUCACCUGCUGCAGCUGCUUGGAUUCCAGCUUUAUGUUAUUUUCUCUAUAGUUCACUUGGUCCACUUUCCAGCAUAUUAUCAGUUAAAUAUUCUUAUCGAACAGUAACUUUAUUAGGUGGUACAUUUGCUGCUGCAGGAAUGAUGUUAAGUUAUUUUGCAAAUUCUGUAGCCUUUUUGUGUAUUAGUUAUGGUGUCUUAGUAGGAACAGGAGCAGGCUUAGCUUUUCCUCCAACUGUAUAUAUAGUAACUUCAUACUUCGUAAGAUUACGUGGACUUGCAAAUGGACUUUGUAUAUCUGGCAGUGCAUUAGGUUCAAUAUUUCUACCACCCAUCUUAGGGAUUCUUCUACGAGAAUAUGGUUACAGAGGUGCGGUAUUAAUAAUGGGUGCUGUCACUUUGAAUGUAUGGGCGAGUGCUCUUUUAUACGAACCGGUGGAAAGACACAUGGUACCAGCAUCAUCGUCGAACAAAUCGAACAAUGUCGACUUGGAAGCCGCUUCGGUCACAAUAACUAGUCCCGAAGAUGAGAAACAAUCAAAUCAUGUUGUUUCUUCUUCGAACACAAAUGAAAAAGCCGCGCCUAUAGUACCAAAGAGCGCGUCCAGUGUUGCGUUAGAAUAUUACAAGAAUACACCUGUUCAAGGUCGAACAAGAAAAAUUAGUAUGCCAAUGGGACGAGAGAUAACGGGUCAGAUGCAUAGUACACCGGCACUACAUGCAGUUCCGGAACGUGCUGCAGAUUCUGGCAAGCUAUCGAAACGUCAGAAAUCGCCCUUUCAAUCACCCAGCAUGUCAUCUUUUAAUUAUAUCAGCACACCGUAUCAUGGAAGUACACUUUCUGCUUUACAUCCGGAACGGGCAUCUACAUUAACUUUAAACGCGAUAUCAAGCACAUUCGCAAGGAAAGGUACUGAAGAAACGAACAAGAACGAAGUAAAAGAAAAGAAGAACAAAUUCUUUGACUUUAGUUUAUUGCGGGAUCCUAUUUAUUUGGUAAUUUUAAUCUCAAAUUCCACGAAUGCCGUCAGUUAUACAAACUUCGUCAUUCUAUUACCAGCAUAUGCGAUCUCAUUAGGUUUCGAUAAAAAUAUGUCUUCCCUUCUUCUUUCAACUGUAUCUGUAUUAGAUUUGAUAGGGCGUAUUGGAGGCUCUGCUCUUUCUGAUGUCUCGAUCAUGCCAAAGCAUUGGUAUUUUGUUGGUGGUUUGUUCAUUUCAGGAAUCUCAUUGGCCCUUCUUCCUAUAGUUACAAGUUACACUUUAUUAUCAGUUUAUUGUGGUAUUUUUGGUUUAGCCUCUGGUAUUUAUGUCGGUAUCACCGCAGUUAUAAUGGCAGAUAUGCUAGGAACCGAAAAAUUAACUUCAUCUUAUGGUAUUUCAUUAUUUGUAAAUGGAAUCAUACAGCUAAUUGGUCCUCCUAUUUGCGGUAUUAUAUAUGAACAAAUCGGCAGUUAUGGCCCAAUCUUUAGUAUCUUAGGAAUUGUUUUAGUGGUAGGUGCUUCAUUAUGGGGUUUUGUUCCAUUUAUUAGAAAACGACAAAAAAUUAUGGAGAAAGAGAAUUCAAUUGAAAAAUUAUAAUUUAUCUAUUAGUUGAAAUUGAACCUUUCAAGAUAAACAAGAGCUUAACUAUAUGGUCAUUAUAAAAUUUUUUCUAAUGUGUAUCGCGAUUAUGCAUAUACGUAUAUACACAUAUGAUAACAAACAUGUUAUGAAAUACUGUGAUGUUAGAACAAAUGUUAUGUAUGUACUUAUAAACCACUGGCACUGUGAUGACCUUAUGUAUAUAUAUAUAUAAUCUACACGCACAUUUUCAAAAGAAUUAAUAAGAAAAUAAUUACUAAAAAGUAUAUUUUUAAAAACACAAAAGUACUCUUUUUUGGUAAAUUGGAAGUAUUUUGCCUUACACUUUGAAAAAAAAUUUAUUCUGUGAAAGUAAGUUCUUGUUAGUACUAAAUAAAAUUAUAUGAGUAUAUUUAUCUAAGUACUUAGUUAAGAAAUGUACUAAUUACUGGUGCUAUUGUAAUUAAAUAAAAAAAAUGAAAGAUGCAAUAAUAUAAUUUACAUAUAAAAUGUUCUUAAUAUAUGUACAAUUGUAAAAUACAAAAAUUAAGUAUUUGUACACAUCUUUUAUGAAAAGAAUGAAUACACAGUAAUUCUUAUUGUUAUAUACAUAUAAAUAUUAAAGAUAGGAUCAGUCAAUUUUGUUAUUAAUUCGAUUUGUUUACAAUUCACUGGAAAAUAUGCCUUAAAAUUAGGAUAUAAGCACUUUGUAAUUAAUAAAUUACAUUUAUAUUAUACAAUAUAUAAAAUAAAUAAUAAUA